CUCUGUGCAUCGAACAUAUAGAGAUAGAGAGAGAUAGAGAGAGCUGUAGAUCUCAUCAAAGCCUUUUGCCUUCUGCCAGAUAUCUUUUCGGGGCCAUCGAUGGUAUAGAGCAAUAAAAAAGAGGGGAAGAGCAAAAGAGAGAGAGAAAUACAGACUUGGGGUUCUAUUCAUAUUAUACUAUCAAUCUAUAAAUCUCACUACUUUGUCUCAUCGCCUUUAUUUUGUUUUUUGCAUUUGAUCCCAUGCCGCUGUUGUAUUUCUGAAUUCAAUCCUGCACUCUUUUUGUCUUCAGUGUCAGCCUUUGAUCCUUCAAAACAAAACUCCUUCUGUUAUCUUCUUCCUCAUCUCUCUAUAAAGAUAAAAGAAAGGUGGGGAUUUCUUUGAUUCUUGCUCUGGCCCCUAACUGAAAAAUGGGUACCGGUUGGAGAAGAGCUUUUUGCACAACAAUUCCUAGAGACCGAGAAACCACAAUCUCUGAUAAGCAACAAACCACAAGUCCAAGUCCAAGUCCUAGCCCCAGAAGGUGUGCAAAGCUAGGAUUUUUCUCCAGUUCAAGCAACCCCAGUACGCCUCGUUUGCUGUCUCAGAAUCCCAACCUGCGUUGCCGCACAAAUACUGUAGACUCUCCUUCAACAAACGAGAGCCCCGCCUUCCAUUGCAAAACCGCACCGAAAAUAACCACGGCUACUAAAAACCCCAAAUCACUACUGAGCUUAAAUCCAUCUUCUCCUAGAUCUCCUCUUAAAUUGUCUCUCUUCAAGAAUAGCUUCAAAUUCAGAAGUAGCUGCGGAAUCUGCUUGAAUAGCGUAAAAAGAGGUCAAGGCACAGCAAUUUACACAGCAGAGUGUGCACAUGCCUUUCACUUCCCUUGCAUAGCUUCCUAUGUUCGUAAGCAUGGCAGUCUUGUGUGCCCUGUCUGCAACUCUACCUGGAAAGAUGUUCCUUUACUUGCCAUCCACAAAAACCUCCACCAAAAUGACAAUAAUUUAGAAGACCCCAGCACCAACACCAACACCAAAGUAGAAGAGAAAAAGGUUGUCAUUGUAGAAUCAUCACCAAGAGCCAUAAAAACCACAACCACACCCACCCUGCAACAACCACAACCAAGAACACCAAAAUAUUCCGAUUCAAGAUCGUAUGAUGACGAUGAACCAUUAUUAUCUCCAACUGCCGGUGCCAGAUUCAACCCAAUUCCUGAAGCUGACGAAAGUGUGGAUGAAAAUGAUGACGGUGUUGAAGAAUUUCAAGGAUUCUUCCCCACCCAUUCUACUUCAGUCGUCAAAUCGGAUGAAGUUUCAAUCAAUGACCGAGAUUUUUCGAGGAAUGUUCAGGUCAGAUUAUUGCCAGAAGUAGCUGUCAUAUCUGUAGGCCGCGGGUAUGAAACUUAUGCAGUGGCUUUGAGAGUGAAAGCUCCACCACCAUUGCCAUCGCUGACCACACGCAACAGUUCAAAUUCAACAGCAUCUCUUUUAGACCCUUCCCGCAGAGCACCCAUUGAUUUGAUAACGGUUCUUGAUGUUAGUGCUAGCAUGAGCGGGGCUAAAUUGCAAAUGCUGAAACGCGCCAUGCGUCUGGUUAUUUCUUCUCUUGGCUCGGCUGAUCGACUUUCUAUUGUGGCCUUUUCGAGUAGUCCUAAAAGGCUAUUGCCUUUGAAGAGAAUGACUCCUAAUGGACAGCGGUCAGCUCGGCGCAUUAUUGACCGACUUGUUUGUGGUCAAGGCAGUAGUGUUGGUGAAGCUUUGAGGAAAGCGACUAAGGUGCUUGAAGACAGGAGGGAGAGAAAUCCUGUGGCCAGCAUCAUGUUAUUAUCAGACGGUCAGGACGAGAGGGUAUCGGAUAAUAACUCAAAUCAUAGGCACACGUCUAUCCACAAGUCGUCUACCCGCUUUGCACAUAUCGAGAUCCCGGUUCAUUCAUUUGGGUUUGGUCACAGCGGUGGCAACAGCCACGAGCCCGCCGAGGAUGCCUUUGCUAAAUGUGUUGGUGGUUUAUUGAGUGUUGUGGUGCAGGAUUUAAGAAUUCAGCUUGGAUUCGCCUCCAGCUCCGCUCCUGCUGAAAUUGUAGCGGUUUAUCCUUGCAAUUCUAGACCAAAUGUGCUCGGUUCGGGUUCCGUUCGGCUUGGCGAUUUGUACGCCGAAGAAGAGAGAGAGCUGUUAGUGGAGCUGAGAGUUCCACAAUCGGCUGUUGGGUCCCACCAUGUGAUGUCUGCUCGAUGCCUUUACAAAGAUCCCGCCACGCAAGAGGUCGUGUAUGACCGUGAUCAGUCUCUACUAGUCCCACGGCCCCACGCUCUCCCGUCAACAGGCCCUAAGAUCCAACAUCUGAGUAAUUUGUUUAUCACAACUCGAGCCUUGGCCGAGGCUAGGCGGCUCGUGGAGCAUAAUGAGUUUACAAGUGCACAUCACUUGCUCGUAUCAUCUCGAGCUUUGAUAUUGCAAUCUAGUUUAAUAUCAGCUGACGAGUAUGUUAGGAGGUUGGAGGCUGAAUUGGCAGAGGUGCAAUGGCGGAAGCAGCAUCAUCAAUUGCAGCAGCAUCAUCAAUUGCAGCAGCAGCAGCAGCAGCAGCAGCAAAUGAUGAUGCAACGGCGGAGAGAAAUGGUUGCGAUGGAUGAGAAUGGCGAGCCACUUACCCCCACUUCAGCUUGGAGGGCGGCUGAGAAGCUGGCUAAAGUAGCCACGAUGAAAAAGUCGUUGAAUAGAGUCAGUGACUUGCACGGCUUUGAAAAUGCUAGAUUUUAACGGGUGGAAAAAAUAGGGUGAAAUAAUUGAUUUUGUUAAAAAUUCAUGGGAGAAAAAUAUUAGAGAACUUUGGAUUUGGAAGCAUAGUUUUAUUUAAAAGGGGGGACAAGCUGGUAGCAGACGGCGCGGUCUUUUCUGCAGGGGGGGUGAUAACAUUAGAGAGAGAUCGAUACCCCACAGGAAUUGAUUGGGUGGGUGCUCAAAGCUUGUCUUUUGUUUUGUGCUUUUUUUUCCUUUUCAAAACUCAAUCCACAGCUCUUGUUGAGAGAGAAUUUGUAUUGUAUUUGUAGGAGAUCAUCAUCAUCAUCUCUUCAACAAAAAGGUGUAAAUGUUAGGAUAAUGGAGCUUUUUAUAUUUUGUUUUUUGUUUAUGGUUGUUGUUACUGGUUAACAAUCAUAUCGUUUUAGGACUUUAACGAAUAAGUGGGCUAGUUUUAGGACCGUGUCAUGUGUAUGUGGAAUCAAUGGUAAUAGGACAGAAUCAUUGAGGUCGCUGGGGCUUGAAAUGAUGAUUGAAUCAUUUUGUUGUUA